UGCAGCCUGCACUCGCGUCCCAGUGAGGCGCGACGGGCGAGCGCCGCCGUUGCCAGCCGAAGCCGGUCUCCAUUGGCGACGGCGUGGGCUUUUCCUCGCUCGCCCACUCGCUGAGGGAGCGUCGUCCCUUCCCGUCGCCCAUCGGCCUCCUCCGCUUGCCUCCGGUGCGCGCGGGAAAGAGGCGGCUGUUGUCAGAUGGCGGAGGAGCCGCUGUCCCUUCAGAUUCCACUUCACUGAGGGGAGACGUUCUCUGCCCCUCCCACACGUCCUGAGUGUCGUUCCCCUGGUGCUGCCGCGAAGGGGAAGAGAGCAGUGUACGGCCUUAAGGUGCUGGAGGCAGCUCCGCUCUCAGCGAGGGACCACCUGGCUCUCCCGCCCCUGUCUGCGGGACACGAUGUCAGGCUGAUAGCGAUAGGAACUGCUGGCCUGGGGGCCGCGAGAGAGAGUACUGGUGAUAAUUUUGGAGAGCGAUCCUCUGGGUGUGAUGCCAGUUUGCCUCAGGUGUGGAGUGUUAUUCACUGAGGGCAGGUUAUAUUGCCUGUGUCCCGGAGACCCUGGGGAGUAUUGCCAGUGCUGUAACCUUGGGCUUGAGUCAGACAGUGAGUGAGGAGUGUUCUAUCGGGAAAGCUGAAGGGGUUAGCCUUGCAGUGGGCACUUCAGUCCUCCCUUCUAUUUGGCACUAUGCGAUAUGACUGAAUCUUUGGGUCUGCUUCUCCGAUUUUAGCAUUCCCUUCCCUGUGAUUGUGGUUGCGUUUCUGGAGGGUUAGGUUUGGCCUUUUACUGAGUGAUACUGUAAAGUGGUAGAUGUCUUAACGCAAACAAAAUGCAGCAGCUACCCUCGGCUGAAGAAAAAGACAAGCAAAGAAAUGUCCUCCUUAAGAAUAUCAAUCCAAAGGAUGACAGUAAAUAAAAGCACAAGAUCCCACGACUUCAUGGCAAAUUGGAGUGGCUUGUGAUGGAAAAAGAGAAACACUGUUUUAAUUCCAUAGUUGGUGUGGAGUCUGAAAAGAGGAAGUUUUGCCUUGCUGGGGAGAAGGAGAGUUGGAUAAAUAUUAACACAUUUAUGCUGGAUGUUGCAUAUAAUUCCUGUUUUUCAGUGGUAUCUCAUAUGAAGAUACACAGCGUUGUAUCCUGCUGAAAAGACUCAGAAGACCCUUGACCACUCAGAACUGCUACAACAGGGAUCCAAGCACAGAUCCUUCCCCCCUCCCCUCCCCGCGAAAGUAGUCCCUUUGCAUUUUUAAAUGCACGUGCGUUCUGCAGCUCGAGCUCCGUGUUUUGUGGCUUUAUCUCUUUCGGUUAGGACCCAAAGAUGUAUUGAAAAGAGCAGGAAGCUUCGUGCAAGAAGCCAAGAAGGUGCAGUACGGGAGACGCAGAAGGGGACCUUUGGCAGGUGGUGGUGACGCACAGAAAUUACUUUGCCUUCGGAAAGAAAAAGCCCUGUCUGUUGCUUAUGUAGGUGUAUUUUUGUGCUCUCCUUUCUCCCCGAAGAAGUUGCCUGGGUCGCGCAGCAGCGGGGAAACGGCAGCUGCUCGUCCUGGGCGGCAGCAGUAGCAGCAGCAGAUUAUGGUGGCAGCGCGGCGGCAGCAGACCUCAUCGCGUUUUUCAGUUAAGAUUGUCGCUUGAAAGUGCCACCUGAAGCUUCAGCAGCUGGGCAAGGACCGCUUAACGUUUUAAAGAGGAAAACCCUGAGGAGGGGAAGAGUUAAGGGAAGGAGGGGCAGCGCUAGGUUUUGUAUGUGCUUGUGGGGAGAGGGGAUUGGUUAUCAUGGCGGAUCGGACGGCUCCUAGAUGCAAGCUUCGUCUGGAGUGGGUUUACGGGUACAGGGGUCACCAGUGCCGCAACAACCUGUACUACACGGCAGGCAAAGAGGUGGUUUACUUCGUGGCUGGAAUCGGCGUGGUUUACAACACCAGAGAGCACAGCCAGAAAUUCUUCCUCGGGCACAACGAUGAUAUUAUCAGCCUCGCAGUUCAUCCGGAUAAAUCUUUAGUGGCUACAGGGCAGGUUGGGAAGGACCCUUACAUUUGCAUAUGGGAUUCCUAUCGGGUACAGACUGUGUCUGUUCUUAAGGAUGCACAUACACAUGGAGUUGCCUGCUUAGCUUUCGAUUCAGAUGGACAGCGUUUAGCUUCAGUGGGACUGGAUGCCAAAAAUACAGUGUGUAUUUGGGACUGGAAGAGAGGAAAACUACUGGCAACAGCUACUGGUCAUUCAGACAGGAUAUUUGAUAUUUCGUGGGAUCAGUAUCAACCGAAUAGAAUUGUUAGCUGUGGAGUAAAACACAUAAAGUUUUGGACACUGUGUGGAAAUGCACUGACAGCAAAGCGAGGAAUAUUUGGAAAAACAGGAGACCUCCAAACCAUCCUUUGUUUAGCAUGUGCAAAAGAAGAUAUCACAUACUCUGGUGCUUUAAAUGGAGAUAUCUACGUAUGGAAAGGGCUAAACUUAGUCCGCACAAUUCAAGGAGCACAUAGCGCUGGAAUUUUUAGUAUGUAUGCUUGUGAGGAAGGUUUUGCCACUGGAGGGAGAGACGGAUGCAUUCGGCUAUGGGACACUGAUUUCAAACCAAUUACUAAAAUUGAUCUCAGGGAGACUGAACAAGGAUACAAAGGUUUGUCCAUCCGAAGUGUCUGUUGGAAAGCAGACAGACUCUUAGCAGGGACACAAGACAGUGAAAUAUUUGAGGUGCUAGUAAGAGAACGAGAUAAACCCAUGCUGAUCAUGCAGGGUCAUUGUGAAGGGGAGCUCUGGGCCCUGGCAGUCCAUCCAAAGAAGCCUUUAGCCGUCACAGGCAGUGAUGAUCGAUCUGUACGAUUGUGGAGUCUUGCUGACCAUGCCUUGAUAGCUCGUUGUAAUAUGGAAGAAGCAGUGCGGAGUGUGUCUUUCAGUCCUGAUGGAUCGCAGCUAGCACUUGGAAUGAAGGAUGGCUCCUUCAUUGUUCUUCGAGUAAGAGACAUGACAGAGAUAGUACAUAUUAAAGACCGAAAAGAAGUGAUCCAUGAAAUGAAGUUCUCACCAGAUGGCUCUUACCUUGCUGUGGGUUCUAAUGAUGGCCCGGUGGAUAUCUAUGCAGUUGCUCAGCGAUACAAAAAAAUAGGAGAAUGCAACAAAUCUUCCAGUUUUAUAACUCAUAUUGACUGGUCUGUGGAUAGUAAAUUCUUGCAAACUAACGAUGGUGCAGGAGAGAGACUGUUCUACAAGAUGCCCUCUGGGAAGCAUCUAACUAGCAAAGAUGAGAUCAAAGGAAUUCCCUGGGCCUCGUGGACCUGUGUGAUAGGAUCUGAAGUGAAUGGAAUCUGGCCAAAGUAUACAAACAUUAUAGAUGUUAACUCUGUGGAUGGAAAUUACAACAGCUCAGUGCUAGUGACUGGAGAUGAUUUUGGGCUGGUCAAAUUAUUCAGAUUUCCAUGCCUGAAAAAAGGAGCUAAAUUCAGAAAAUACGUUGGCCACUCAGCUCAUGUAACUAAUGUCCGAUGGUCCCAUGAUUUUCAGUGGGUUUUAAGUACAGGAGGUGCUGAUCACUCUGUUUUCCAGUGGCGAUUUAUUCCAGAAGGGAUAACAAAUAGCGUUCUUGAAACAUCUCCACAAGAGGGUGGCAUUGAUUCCUACAGUGAAGAAUCAGAUUCAGAUUUAUCUGAUGUGCCAGAGUUAGAUUCUGAUAUUGAGCAGGAAGCUCAAAUCAACUAUGAUCGCCAGGUUUACAAAGAAGACCUACCUCAGCUGAAACAGCAAAGUAAAGAAAAAAACCUUUCUGUGCCCUUCAUUAAAAGAGAGCGAGCGCCUGAGGACAGCUUAAAGUUGCAGUUUAUACAUGGUUAUAGAGGCUAUGACUGUCGAAAUAACUUGUUCUACACACAAACUGGAGAAGUGGUAUAUCAUAUUGCUGCUGUAGCUGUUGUAUAUAACAGGCAACACCACACUCAAAGGCUCUAUCUUGGUCACGAUGAUGACAUCCUCAGCCUAAACAUUCACCCAGUGAAAGACUAUGUUGCUACUGGACAGGUUGGAAGAGAUGCUGCCAUCCACGUAUGGGACACACAGACACUGAAAUGUUUAUCUUUGCUCAAAGGCCAGCAUCAAAGAGGAGUGUGCGCACUGGAUUUUUCAGCUGAUGGAAAAUGUUUGGCAUCUGUUGGACUAGAUGAUAACCAUGCCAUUGUGUUUUGGGAUUGGAAAAAGGGAGAAAAGCUAGCAACAACCAGGGGCCAUAAAGAUAAAAUAUUUGUAGUGAAGUGUAAUCCACACCAUGUAGACAAAUUAGUCACAGUUGGGAUAAAGCACAUCAAAUUUUGGCAGCUAACAGGUGGAGGCUUUACAUCAAAACGAGGAACAUUUGGAACAACUGGGAAAUUGGAAACUAUGAUGAGUGUUUCCUAUGGGCGAAUAGAAGAUCUGGUUUUCUCUGGUGCAGCUACUGGAGACAUUUUUAUCUGGAAGGAUACUCUGUUGCUUAAGACAGUGAAGGCCCAUGAUGGACCUGUGUUUGCCAUGCAUGCAUUAGAUAAGGGGUUUGUAACUGGUGGAAAGGAUGGAAUUGUGGCACUCUGGGAUGAUAUGUUUGAGAGAUGUCUGAAGACAUACGCUAUUAAAAGAGCAGCACUAUCUGCUAGUUCUAAAGGUUUACUUUUAGAAGACAAUCCCUCUAUCCGAGCUAUCAGUCUAGGACAUGGUCAUAUAUUAGUAGGGACUAAAAAUGGAGAGAUACUUGAAAUUGAUAAAAGUGGCCCCAUGACUCUACUUGUCCAGGGACACAUGGAAGGAGAAGUCUGGGGCUUGGCAGCUCAUCCUCUCUUGCCCGUCUGUGCAACAGUAAGCGAUGACAAAACACUACGAAUCUGGGAACUUUCAUCCCAGCACCGCAUGCUGGCAGUGAGGAAGCUCAAAAAGGGUGGAAGAUGCUGUGCAUUUUCACCUGAUGGGAAGGCCUUGGCUGUAGGGCUGAAUGAUGGGAGCUUUCUGGUGGUCAAUGCUGACACUGUAGAAGACAUGGUUUCUUUUCACCACAGAAAGGAAAUGAUCUCAGAUAUAAAAUUUUCACGAGAAUCAGGGAAGUAUCUGGCUGUGGCUUCCCAUGACAACUUUGUAGAUAUUUACAAUGUACUUACCAGCAAAAGAGUUGGCAUUUGUAAAGGUGCAUCUAGCUACAUCACCCACAUUGACUGGGACUCAAGAGGAAAGUUAUUGCAAGUCAAUUCUGGUGCCAAAGAACAACUAUUUUUUGAAGCACCAAGGGGGAAAAGGCAUAUUAUAAGAAUUGCUGAGAUAGAGAAGAUCGAGUGGGACACUUGGACAUGUGUUCUGGGGCCUACUUGUGAAGGAAUUUGGCCCAUGCACAGCGAUGUCACUGUUGUGAAUGCAGCUAGUCUUACCAAAGAUGGAACACUGUUAGCUACAGGAGAUGAUUUUGGUUUUGUGAAGCUUUUUUCCUAUCCAGUGAAGGGCCAGCAUGCAAAAUUCAAGAAGUAUGUGGGUCACAGCGCACAGGUAACCAACGUGCGGUGGUUACACAAUGAUUCUGUGCUGCUGACUGUAGGUGGUGCUGAUACAGCUUUGAUGAUCUGGACCAGAGAAUUUUUGGGCAUUCAGGAGAGUAAGCUGGUUGAUAGUGAAGAAUCAGACACAGAUGCAGAAGAGGAUGGAGGUUAUGAUAGUGAUGUUGCAAGAGAAAAAGCAAUUGACUACACCACUAAGAUCUAUGCAGUAAGCAUCCGAGAAAUGGAAGGGACCAAACCACAUCAGCAGCUGAAGGAGAUUUCAGUAGAAGAGAGGUUGUUACUUACAAUGUUGAAAUUCCCCAUAACACAUGUUGGACUUAUGCUGAACUAUUGUGGAGAAAAAAAAAAGGGAAGAAGCUGGAAUGAGGACAGUAGAGGAGAGAACAGUAAAGAGAAGAGGCCACCAGUUAGCAGAGCUGCUCCUCAACCUGAAAAACUGCAAAAGAAUAAUGUCAACAAGAAAAAGAAACUGGUUGAGGAGCUGGCUUUAGACCAUGUUUUUGGAUACAGAGGAUUUGACUGUCGCAACAACCUUCACUACUUAAAUGAUGGUGCUGAUAUAAUUUUUCACACAGCUGCAGCAGGCAUAGUUCAAAAUCUUUCUACUGGUAGUCAGACUUUCUACCUGGAGCACACUGAUGAUAUUCUUUGCCUAACUGUGAACCAGCACCCAAAGUAUAAAAAUGUUGUGGCUACCAGCCAGAUCGGUGAUAUGACAGAAUUCCCAGGUACAACGCCCACAAUUCAUAUCUGGGAUGCUAUGAGUAAGCAGACAAUUUCAAUGCUACGUUGCUUCCAUACCAAAGGGGUCAACUAUGUUAACUUCAGUGCAACUGGCAAACUUCUGGUUUCGGUGGGAGUUGAUCCAGAACACACUAUCACAGUGUGGAGGUGGCAAGAAGGGGCCAAAGUGGCCAGCAGGGGAGGACACCUGGAGAGGAUAUUCGUUGUCGAGUUUCGCCCAGAUUCAGACACUCAGUUCGUGUCUGUAGGGGUAAAACACAUGAAGUUCUGGACGUUAGCUGGCAGUGCUUUGCUGUAUAAGAAAGGAGUCAUUGGUUCCAUGGAAGGUGCCAAAAUGCAAACCAUGCUUUCCGUUGCCUUUGGAGCGAAUAACCUAACAUUUACUGGUGCCAUAAAUGGAGAUGUCUAUGUCUGGAAGGAUCAUUUCCUGGUAAGACUUGUGGCAAAAGCUCACACAGGGCCAGUGUUCACAAUGUACACCACUCUUCGAGAUGGACUCAUCGUCACAGGAGGGAAAGAGAGACCUACUAAAGAAGGGGGAGCUGUGAAGCUAUGGGAUCAAGAGCUGAAACGGUGCCGAGCAUUUCAGCUUGAAACAGGCCAGCUCAUCGAGUGUGUGCGCUCCGUCUGCAGAGGAAAAGGGAAAAUUUUAGUGGGAACAAAAGAUGGAGAAGUUCUUGAAGUAGGAGAAAAAAAUGCUGCUUCAAACUUGUUGAUUGACUGUCACAUGGAAGGGGAAAUCUGGGGCUUAGCAACUCACCCCUCAAAAGACAUAUUUAUCUCUGCAAGUAAUGAUGGAACAGCAAGGAUCUGGGACCUGUCUGACAAAAAACUGCUGAACAAAGUGAAUCUAGGUCACCCAGCAAGAUGCGCUGCAUACAGUCCUGAUGGUGAAAUGGUUGCAAUUGGAAUGAAGAACGGCGAAUUCGUUAUUUUACUUGUAAACAGCCUUAAGGUUUGGGGCAAGAAACGAGACAGGAAGUCUGCAAUUCAGGAUAUCAGGAUCAGCCCCAAUAACAAGUUUCUGGCAGUGGGUUCACAAGAACAUACUGUAGAUUUCUAUGACCUCACUCAAGGUACAACCCUAAACCGAAUAGGGUACUGCAAAGACAUCGCAAGUUUCGUCAUACAGAUGGACUUCUCUGCAGACAGCAGGUACAUUCAGGUAUCAACGGGUGCCUAUAAACGUCAAGUUCACGAGGUGCCACUAGGAAAGCAAAUUACAGAUCCUGCUUUAAUAGAAAAGAUCACGUGGGCCACAUGGACAAGCAUUCUUGGAGAUGAAGUCAUUGGAAUUUGGCCACGAAAUGCAGAUAAAGCAGAUGUCAACUGUGCAUGUGUGACCCACACUGGCCUAAACAUAGUCACAGGAGAUGACUUUGGUCUGGUGAAACUCUUUGAUUUCCCAUGCACAGAAAAAUUUGCCAAACAUAAGCGGUACUUCGGGCACUCGGCACACGUCACCAACAUCCGCUUUUCUCAUGACGACAAGUACGUCAUCAGUACUGGAGGAGAUGACUGCAGCGUAUUUGUAUGGCGCUGCCUUUGAAUGGAGACUCCUGCUGCUGCCGCCAAGGGACUGCUCUGGACUGGACAGCCAUGAAUGCCUCUACCCCUCUGGCUGCUGCGACUGCCACACAAUGCUGCAUAGGUUACACAUUUUCAGAUUACUUACAGGAAUUUAUUGAAUGUGAUCUUGCAUUUGAAAGAACGAGAGCCUGGAGAAGGAAGCUGAAGUUUGAAAAGGGAAUCCUUUUGUAACCUGGGUAGGCCAAAGUAACAGUUCACUCACAAAGCUGCUUUUGCCUAAUACUGUGUUAAUUCAAACCAUAUCUGAAAAGGGAGCACAAUCAGAAAAUGAUGAGCCCUUUCAUUUGCAUCAUUUCAAAAGCUGUUGCUUGAACAGUUGUUCAGGUUCGUGGUUUUUAACCACACCUGCUUAAAACUCCAAUUUGGUGCACUGAGCAAACUGCAAGCUCUUAAGGAGCAUGCUGGGGUUCAUCCCUCAGCUUUCAGUAAUCAAAGGAACAAAGUCUUUUUUUUUAAGUCUAUUUUAUUUCUAAAAUAUGUAUAUUUGGCAAAUUUUUCUAUCCAUGAAGUGCCUUUGAACAAUUUUCUAGUAGUAUGGGCUACAGUUUUGCCUCCCACCAAUUGCUUUCAAUGCACGGUGCUAUAACUUUCAUACAGAGGAGGGCUAACCAUUAACACCAAGCUUGUCCAGCUGUGUCACCAUCCCUGUUCUCUGCUUUGGUUUGUUACCUUCUUAAGUGAAUUCCAAAGUGUUUCCGAGAGGAGGAAGCUAGAUGCUGCUCUAAGGACAAAUUCCUGAUGGUGUGAUGACACCUGACAAGCUGUUCACUAUUGGUUCCUGAGGGUAGCUUGACCACAGCCAGAAUGUAGCAGCUUAGCUCAAACACUGGAGUAGAGGGAGAAGGCAUGGAGAGUGUUGGUUAGAGAGAUUUGAACACAAAUAGUGAGGAAGGUAUUCCCCACGUGUUCCUGCCCUUCCCUGUCCAUGGGAACUACUGCUGCAGGCAGUUGCCAUCUACUGUGCUUAAGUAGUUUGAAAGCUUUCAGGAAUGAUUGUUUCCCCAUUCCGGAGGGCGCUUCCCGAAGCCACUCAAAGGAAUGCCUGAUAACACUAAUGGGGACUGUCUCCUGCAGUAGGCAGCUAGUCCCGUGUGGCUUAUAACUAGAAC